CAUCAGAUCAAACGAUAGAGAGACCAUUAAGUCUUUGAGCUCCACGAGCAUGUUCCGUGUUUUGCUUUUCAUAUUGCAUGUCCUGCUGUUACUGGGGAUGAGUUGCGGUGCGAAGAAGAAUCACUUGUGCCCUGCUUCAUCUUGCGGUGAGAUCCAUGACAUACACUAUCCCUUUCGAUUGAAAAGCGACCCAAAACACUGCGGCCGCUCUGAGAAUGAGCUAGUUUGUGAAAAUAAUUGUACUUUUCUAUAUCUAUAUGCCGGUCGAUAUUAUGUGAAGUCAAUUAACUAUUCUAAUUUAGUUGAUUCAUUUUUCGGUAUAAUCACGGUGGUUGACGAUGGAUUGCAAAAAGGUAAUUGCUCAUCCCUCCCUCGUCAAUCAUUGGCGAGGUCCAACUUUAGUGCUCAUGAUCCAUACCGUGGUGGUCUUUUUCCCUCAGCUGAUCCGGUGGUCUUCAUGAAGUGCUCACAGCCCGUUGUUUCUGCUUUGUAUAUCAAUACUGAACCAUGUAUUGAGGAAGCAUCCCUUUCUGAUACACCCCCUAAUUUUUCCCAAAUGAAGGCAUACUCAUACGCUUUGUAUGGGUCUGAUCUACUAAUACGGGACAUCAAGGAUUCUUGCAACAUAACCAUGAUCACUCUCUUAUCGAGCCAGGAAGUGGAUUGGUAUAAACGUGUGAGCCCACUGUAUACGGACCUCCACAACAUGAUGGCUGAAGGAUUCGAUCUCUUAUAUUCUGAACCUUAUUCGUCGGAAAUAUUCCAGAUUUGCGCGAUAAGUUUCAGAUACCGAAUGGCGUGGUGCAACCCAUAUGACUCCUCUGAUGACAUGCGCCUUUUUGCGCUCCGUCUUGUGCCUGUCGCAGUAUUGAAUCUCUUCUUUUUCUUGGGUAUGAUAAGUCCUUUUUCUCUUCACACCUAUGAAGCUCUCAUUUAGCACUUUGACAAACAAAAAUUGUAUGUGUAAAUUUUUUUUUUUGACACUAUGCUAAUCAAUGGCCAAAUUUCUCUGUAGUCC